AUGUCGCAAUCAUCAACCAUAGUGGAGGCACAGGUCCUGCUACUGGCACAGGAUCGUGUAUUGGAGCCAGUCAAGGAUCAGAGCUCGGCGUUUGAAGGCCCAAGUCUACCAUCACUUUUGGAUAUACACCUGGGGAAACUACUCGAAGAGCAAAGCCUCAAGUAUUCGGAGAAGAAGGCUGUGAUAUCUCCGUGGCAACAGUCCAGUCUGACUUUCAAGACUUUAUACAAUUCUACUAGGGAUAUAGCACACAGGCUUCUUGCUUAUGGAGUACGACCAAAGGACCGCGUUGUUGUGCUAGCAGGCAAUACUUUAGAGUACACCGAGCUUUUCUUCGCCGUAGGAGGAAUUGGUGCUAUAUUUUCAAUCAUCAACCCUACCUUUACAGCAGACGAGGUAGCUAAUGCAGUGCAAUUCCUGGACCCAGCGGCUAUUUUUAUAGCUGAUAGGAUCGGUUAUCGUAACAAUAAAGCCCUGUUAAAUAUUCUCAGUAAAGAACGUGAGAAUCAACCGCUAGUUGUUCAGAUGGGGACAGCUGCGAAAUUCAAUGGAAACGUGGCGACCUGGAAAGAGUUUCUAUAUGGGGCUUCGAAUAGUGCGAUUGAACCGGACCUUUUACAGCGAUACUGGGGUCAGGGAGAUGCCGACGACGGCCUUUGCAUACAGUUUACUAGUGGUACCACUGGACCUCGUAAGGCAGCAUUGGUAACACACAGAAAUCUUCUUAACAACGCGCUUCUUGUGGGAGCACGACUUUCAUUUACGUCCGAUGAUACUGUGCUCUGUUGUUCCCCAAUAUUUCACUGCUUCGGCCUGGUAUGUGGUGUCUUAACAGCGAUUGUGUACGGGGGCAGUGUCGUUCUUCCUUCGGACGUUUUUAUUGCUGAAUCAAGUAUUCGAGCACUUGCCGAACAGAAGUGCACUGUCGUCCACGCUGUGCCAACAAUGUUUCAAGCAAUGCUAGACCAUCCACAAGUAAGAAAAUAUAGCCCGGAGUUUUGUCUACGAACUGGGAUUAUUGCUGGUUCGAGUCUGUCACGAACCUUGCUGUCGCGUCUUGAUAUCGAGUUCAAGCUCAACGGUCUAGCCUACGGGUUUGGCAUGACUGAAUGCUCAUGUAUCCAUUUCAUGACAGACCCAUCGGAGACCUCACUUCUGAGUGAUCACAUAUCCGUAGGCACUGUGAUGCCUCAUACAGCUGCCAAAGUAGUCGACAGUGAACUGAGGGAUCUACCACCAGGAUCCAGUGGUGAGCUUCUUAUUUCCGGUUACUUGGUGUUUAAAGAAUAUUUUAAAAAUCCAGAAAAGACUGCAGAAAGCUUUCACAAAGAUUCCGAAGGCCGCGUGUGGCUACGCACAGGAGAUCUGGUUACCUUGAGCACUACAGGAAGAUGCACAGUCAUUGGCAGAGUCAAGGACAUGAUAAAAAGAGGAGGCGAGAAUAUCUUCCCGUCGGAUAUCGAAAAGCUACUCGAGUCAGAUCCUAGUAUUGCAGCAGCAGCAGUCGUUGGCAUUCCCGACCCUGACUGGGGCGAAGUUGUUGGUGCAUUUGUCAAAAGCAUACCGGGCGUAAAGUCGGACUUUGAAGUUAGGAGAAAAAGGAUCAAACUUCAGCUUAGAACUCAAAUUGCGCCUCACAAGAUUCCGGAGCAUUUCUUCUGGAUUGGUGAACAAGAAGGAGUUCCAGGAGAGAUACCAAUAAACGCCACUGGAAAGAUAGUGAAGAAAGAUCUGCGGGAUAUUGCCAGUCAUUUGCUACGAAAGAGUUCUGGUUCUUGA